CGGUGGUUCCCGACCGUGGAGGAUGACGCGCUGCGACCGGAUACCUGCGGCGGCGGCGUGUCGUGACGGAGGCUGGCCAGCACGUGACCCUGCAGUCGAGCUGCGGCCAGCACAGCGGUGGGAAGUGCUCUGAAGAGGGUGCGAGUGUGUGUGUGUGCGCGGGUGCCAGUGAAUGACCGUGUUUGUUGUGCGCGGAGUGAAUAUCGGAAGAAACUAGUGCGCGUCAAGGUUGCGGGAGCAUGCGUAUCACAAAGACGCUCGCAGCAGGAGUGGCGGCGGUGGCAGAAGUCGGGGCGGCGGCGGGAGUCGCGGCGGCGGUGGCAGCCGCGGUGGGGGCGGCAGUCGCGGCGGCGGCGGCUCCAGCCACACUGGAGGUUCCAGCCACACCGGGGGAUCCAGCCACACCGGGGGAUCCAGCCACACCGGGGGCUCCAGCCACAGUGGAAGCUCAAGCCACGAUAGCACCAGAAACUGAGGAAGAUGCGCUAAAAGCUGGAUCCCGAGGUGGAAGCAGCAGCAGCGGUUAUCAGACUGGAGGCAGCAGCCAUAUUGGAUGGAGCCCACCCGGUAGCCCCAAUUCAGGAGGAAAUAUUCCUCACACACCUCACAAUCCAAUCGGUUCGCCCAAUGGAGCACCAAAUGUAGGUUGGAAUGUGCCCAGCAGCAACCACGCACCUGGCAGUGCAUCAAAUGGUGCUCCCUCUUAUGGAUGGAACGUUCCUGGAGGCAAUAGGGCACCUGGCAGUUCACAAAGUGGACCUCCUAACUACGGAUGGAAUGUACCUGGAGGCAAUCAUCUUCCUGGCAGUGGUAAUGGUUUAGGACCUGGAGGAAGUUAUCCAGGUGGUUUUGGUGGAUCAUCUUGGAACACACCCAAUUAUCCAGGAGGCUUUGGAGGUCCUGGUGGCUUUGGAGGCCAUGGUGGCUAUGGAGGUCCUGGUGGCUUUGGAGGUCCUGGUGGCUUUGGAGGUGGAGGUUGGAAUAGUCGAGUGUUUGCUGCAGUUAUUCCAAUAUUACAGUCAGCCUCGCGGCAACUGGGAUUGGCUGAAAACGGCGUUGGUCGUCUCUGCGGUGUCACACGCUAUUCCGAGGUAUCACGUGCCUCCAGUGGUGGUUCACCAUUACGGAAAUCGCCAGGGCUGGCGAGGCAAGGUAGCAGAAGUGUUUUAUCCAGUCCCAACCUGCCUCACAAAUUCCACCGGCUGCAACACCACGGCAGGGGCCUGCAAAGUGGAGUGUAAACCUCUACCUUGCAACUCCACUGACCAACCCUGCAAUUUUGUCUGCAAAGAAGUGUUUUGCAACUUGGACAGACCGUCUUACAACAUCCCUUCAUCGCUUACUUGCAAGACCCCAUGCAACUUCACCUGCAAAGCAAUGCCUUGCAACAGCACAUCCGGAUUCUGCGGUUUUGCCUGCCCGUCAGUCCCUUGCAGAGUUGUCAAGUCGGACAAGCGCUCUGCUUGCAUGUCUCUUGCCAUGGUUAUGUCAAUACCAACUGGAAACUUCUCUUGCAAACCGAAAACUUGCAAUUCAAAUGCAGGGUUAUGUUAUCACACAUGUGACGUUCUUAAUACAACAAUGCUCAACACUACUGGGACUAAUUGUACCAUAACUAAGGUUAUAACAAAUAAUUGUACCACUGGAAAUUCUACUGGUAAUAAUUGUACCACAGUUGAGACCAUCAUUACUAACUGUACGGCGACUGAGGCAUCCCCUAAUAAUAAUACCACGACUGAAAUUUCUACAAAUAAUUCUACCUUGACUGAAGCUUCUACAAAUAAUUCUACGUCUGAGGCUUCCUCGAACAAUUCCACCUUGAACAAUUCAACCAGCAACAAAUCUGACACAGAGAUCACAACUCCUUCGCAGAAUAGCACUUCCUCUACAAGCACUGAACAAACCACGUUGUCUUCCUUAACUUAUAAUUCUACUGUUCCUCUUACAUCUAAUGCUACGGUCGAAGUUCAGAACGACGGUUCUUCGGCACCAGAAGGCACUACAACUCCUAGGGCAACCAGUGAAGCAAGCAAGACUGCAGUAAAUGACACGAUAACCACUGUCCCGCCGUCUUGAAAUGAUGUUGUGGUGUGAGGGAAUAGGUUGUGUGAUUUGUAGCAUUGUUUGACUAUCAUGAAAUGUGAACUUUUUUUGUACACAUAAAUUCGAUAAAUAUCCAAACUAGAAAUUCCAUUUAAAUCAGUUAACCAUGUGAAGAUGGUUCUAAAAGAUAUUAAACGUUUGCCAGGAGAACAUUGCCUAAAGAAAGUUUCAAGAGCUAAUGAAGGUUGUUUCCAUCCAUGUCGUUACUUUUCGAAAUAUUGUGUUGUUGUACGUAAUAAUAAUGAAAUUUCCACUGAAACGUCCUAACGAAACAGUCAUCCAUAUCUGUCCCUAAUGUUUCACUGUGCCCGGUUCCACCAUCAAUCCAUCAUGUAGUGUUCAAUGAAAUAUGCACUGAAGAAUAUUGCGUAUGUUGAUUUGGACAAGUCUUUACCGCAUAAAAGUGACAGCAGUGAAAAGUUUGCUGUCGAUAUUGUCCGAUACAAUCUUUUUUUUACUUCAAAAGCCUCGUUCCAUGAUGAAAGGACUAUAUCAUACCUCUUUCCAUGAAAAGAACAUGCUCUGCAGAGAAAGGGCAUAAAUAAAGUGCACAUGCAACACUCACUCAUAUCAGAGCCAAAGCAGACACUGACAAGGGUUCUUAACGUUAUCUUACUAGAAACUGAUGUUGAUUGACUGUUUCAAAGCCCUUAUGAUAGCUUGCAUGGAACAACAAUGCAUUUAGAUAUUGAUAUUUGACUUUUUUUUAAGAAUUUACAUUGAAGCAUGAUUGUUGAGUUUUCAUGUUAGUCAAACUGCUUCUUAAUAUACACUUAUUAGUAAAUUUUAAUGGUAAUUCUUGUAACUGCCAUAGAAUGAAUGGAAAUGAAGUAAAAUGUGCACGAUUUCCUGGUACAGGAGACAACUAAGAACACAUGUGCAUAUUUUAAAAAAUAUACUGUGGUAAUCAACUUUAGUGAAAAGACCUUAUAACAGCUUUUAAGACAUUCUAAAAAUAUUUUAUUAGGUAUCAUGAAUAUACCACUAAUUAUGUGUGUAAGAAUGUACAAUUAAGAUAUUGUUUCAAGUAACUUGUUUAUUUUGGUGUAAAACAACAAUUCUAGGCUCCAAAAAAUGUCUUCCAAAUUUUCUUUAAAUUCACUUUGAAGCUCCCAAUUAGACAUCCACAUCAAUUCAUUGAUUGAAAUUAGAUUAUUUGUACAAAGAUUGAAUAUCAUCGAAUAAUUUAAAGAAGUAGAAAACAAGAAUGUUUAAGGUUUAUUGCGCUCAACUCUGGUAGUUAUUUAACAGUUCAAAGAAAUGGUUAGUUGAAACAGUUCCCAUAUUUAUUUUGAUUACUACUUGAGGCAGAUUUGUUUCAAGCCAUUGACACAAAGGUGAGGUGUCUUAAAUUCUCUUGCUUAGUGAUGGAGUAAAUUGUGCAAUUCAUACUUAAUGUAUUAAUGAAACUAAUUGCUUGCUUUCAGCAGGUUGUGUUCACUUGAUUUGCAAAUAUUCAAAGAUUGAAAAAUAUCUUUGUUACACUUUGACUUAAGGGCUAUUUCCUGCCUUCCUAGCACCUUAACAUUGGAUGAGGGUACUCAUUAAGUAAAUGAUCUUGACAAAAUAAACAUUUUUGGUACUCAGGAAAAGUAUUGUGAUGUUAUAAUUCAAUGUUUGUAGAAAGUGUUUAAUCAUGUAUAAUUGUGGAGGAAUGACAAAGGUAGUAUAAAGUGUAUUCACUAUUAAUACAUAUAUUGAUGUAAUGAAAUAAAAUUAUUUUCUGAGGCUGUAUUAAGAAUAUACAUGUUAUUUUUUCAAACCAUAAAUUUUUACCAUCCAAAAUUAAAAUUAUGUAAAUAAUUAAAUUGAAAUAUUUGUGCCAUUUAUUGUAUUGAAUUACUGUAUUGUUAAAUAGAAAUGUAUAACAUUUCUUAAAUGAUUUUAAACAAAAAUUAAUAGAAGAA